AGGGAGCUGGUAAUGGCGACCGGCUUCCAGGCCCGGAGCGGCUGAUCUGUUUGAGGGGGGUGGGGUAAUUACCUAAAUCUGAACGGGCCGUGGUGAAUUAUCCGGAUCUUUAGCACCGGGGGGAGGGCGGAGAGUCAUAUUUGAAGUAUUAGAGCCGCAGCUGUUUGAGGAUUGCCCCUUCCCCUAAUUUGAGAUCACCAUGGCAACUGAAAUUGGCUCCCCACCUCGCUUCUUUCACAUGCCACGGUUUCAACACCAGGCUCCUCGGCAACUUUUCUACAAGAGGCCUGAUUAUGCCCAGCAGCAGGCUAUGCAACAGCUUACAUUUGAUGGUAAACGAAUGCGCAAAGCAGUGAAUCGCAAAACCAUUGAUUACAACCCAUCUGUAAUCAAGUACCUUGAGAAUCGUGUAUGGCAGCGAGAUCAUAGAGACAUGAGAGCAAUUCAGCCAGAUGUUGGAUACUAUAAUGAUCUCGUUCCACCUAUUGGUAUGCUGAACAAUCCACUGAAUGCUGUCACAACAAAGUUUGUGCGAACCUCCACCAACAAAGUGAAAUGCCCUGUGUUUGUCGUCAGGUGGACUCCUGAGGGUCGCCGCUUGGUGACUGGAGCAUCCAGUGGAGAAUUCACUUUGUGGAAUGGGCUCACAUUUAAUUUUGAGACUAUCUUGCAGGCUCAUGACAGUCCAGUACGAGCUAUGACUUGGUCCCACAAUGAUAUGUGGAUGCUUACUGCUGACCACAGCGGCUAUGUGAAAUACUGGCAGUCCAACAUGAAUAACGUCAAGAUGUUCCAGGCACAUAAGGAGGCGAUUAGAGAGGCCAGUUUUUCCCCUACGGAUAAUAAAUUUGCGACCUGUUCAGAUGACGGCACUGUUAGAAUCUGGGACUUUAUGCGUUGUCAUGAGGAAAGAAUACUUCGAGGACAUGGUGCUGAUGUGAAGUGUGUUGACUGGCAUCCAACUAAGGGGCUUCUUGUGUCCGGAAGCAAAGAUAGUCAGCAGCCAAUCAAAUUCUGGGACCCAAAGAAUGGGCAAAGUCUUGCAACUCUACAUGCUCACAAAAACACAGUAAUGGAAGUAAAGUGGAACUUGAAUGGAAACUGGCUGCUCACUGCAUCUCGAGAUCACCUCUGCAAACUGUUUGAUAUUCGCAACCUUAGAGAAGAGCUACAGGUCUUCCGAGGCCAUAAAAAAGAAGCAACAGCUGUUGCCUGGCAUCCUGUGCAUGAAGGUCUCUUUGCUAGUGGAGGAUCUGAUGGUUCGCUGCUGUUCUGGAAUGUUGGAGUGGAGAAAGAGGUGGGUGGGAUGGAAAUUGCCCAUGAGGGAAUGAUCUGGAGUCUUGCCUGGCAUCCACUGGGGCAUAUUCUAUGCUCUGGAUCUAAUGACCAUACAAGCAAAUUUUGGACCAGAAAUCGACCUGGUGAUAAAAUGCGCGACCGUUACAAUUUGAAUUUACUACCUGGCAUGUCAGAGGAUGGUGUGGAAUAUGACGAUAUAGAACCCAACAAUUUGUCAGUCAUUCCUGGAAUGGGGAUUCCAGAGCAGUUGAAGAUGGCAAUGGAGCAGGAACAGAUGGGUAAAGAGGAGACCAGUGCAGUGGAGAUGACAAUUCCAGGACUGGACUGGGGAAUGGAUGAGGUCAUGCAAAAAGAUCAGAAGAAGGUACCUCAGAAAAAAGUUCCUUAUGCCAAACCUAUCCCGGCCCAGUUUCAACAAGCAUGGAUGCAGAAUAAAGUGCCUCUUAUGCCACCAUCAGAAUCAGUUUCGGAUCGAAAGGAAGAGACAAAAGUUGAUGAAAAAAAGAAAAACCAAGCAGAGAUUGAACAGGAAAUGGCAGCCCUUCAAUAUACCAACCCUCAGUUACUAGAGCAAUUAAAAAUUGAAAGAAUAGCUCAGAAACAAAUGGAGGGACAAGCGAACACUCAGCCUCAGGGUAUUCCUUCCCCGUUGGGAGCACCUCCGCCACACGUACCACCAACUUUUCAGGGACCAGGGCCCCAUUCACAGCCUCUCCAAGGAUACCAACAACCCCCACCACAGCAACAGAUUCCCAUAAAUAUGCCACUUGGUCCUCCAGGGCAAUUUAGACCACAAGCACCUCAGGGGCCCACUGGCCCACAACCAUUUAUGGGCCCAGGUCCACAAGGAAUGAGACCUCAAGAAAUGCAACCUGGGAUGCCCAGACUUCCAGUUCCACAUGGACCAUUGGGUCCCCAAGGUCCUCCAGCCAAUUCUGUCCCUCCACAGGGACACUUAGGCAAUCAGGUGCCAGCAGGUCCAAGAGGAAUGCAGGGAAUGGCUCCUCAAGUCAUGCAAGCUGCACCAGUUCAACAAGGACCACCUAUGGGCGUUACUCCAAGAAUUCAGAUGCAUCAUAAUCAAGCUCCUAACCAAGGUAUGCUAAUGGGACAUCCAGCUCAAGACUUUCGAGGACCCCCUGGAUCAAUGAUGGGACAUGGACCAGGUCCAAUGGAGAUGAGAGGGCCAAUGGACAUGAGAGGCCCUCCAGAUAUGCGUGCACCCCAAGAUAUGAGAGGACCUCAAGAAAUUCAUGGCCCCCAGGAUAUGAGGGGCCCCUCAGACAUUCGGGAUAUGAGAGGUCCGCCAGACAUGCGUGGCCCACAGGACAUGAGGGGACCUCCUGACAUGCGUGGCCCACAGGACAUGAGGGGACCUCCUGACAUGCGUGGCCCACAGGACAUGAGGGGACCUCCUGACAUGCGUGGCCCACAGGACAUGAGGGGACCUCCUGACAUGCGUGGCCCACAGGACAUGAGGGGACCUCCUGACAUGCGUGGCCCACAGGACAUGAGGGGACCUCCUGACAUUCAUGGUCCUCAGGACAUGAGGGGACCCCCAGAUAUGCGUGGCCCACAGGACAUGAGGGGACCCCCAGAUAUGCGAGGCCCUCAGGAUAUCAGGGGGCCCCCGGACAUGCGAGGCCCUCAGGAUAUGAGAGGACCCCCAGAUAUGAGGGGACCUCCAGACAUGCGGGGACCUCCAGACAUGAGGGGGCCCCCGGACAUGCGGGGCCCACAGGAUAUGAGGGGGCCCCCGGACAUGCGGGGCCCACAGGAUAUGAGGGGGCCCCUGGACAUGCGGGGGCCCCCGGACAUGCGGGGCCCACAGGAUAUGAGGGGGCCCCCGGACAUGCGGGGCCCACAAGAUAUGAGGGGGCCCCCGGACAUGCGGGGCCCGCAGGAUAUGAGGGGACCCCCUGACAUGCGUGGCCCACAGGAUAUGAGGGGGCCCCCGGACAUGCGCGGCCCUCAGGAUAUGAGGGGCCCUCCAGACAUGCGAGGUCCUCAAGAUAUCAGAGGUCCCCCAGAUAUGCGUAACACACAGGAUAUAAGGGGUCAUCCUGAUAUGCGAGGGCCUCCUGAUAUGCGGGGUCCUGACAUACAUGGACCCCAGGAUAUUAGGGGUCCCCCAGAUAUGCACAGUUCACAAGAUAUGAGGGGUCCAUCUGACAUGCGGAGCUCCCAGGAUAUGAGAAGAACUGAUAUUAGAGGUCCCCAGGAUGUUCGGCCCCCUCAGAGUAUAAGGGGUUCUGAUUUACGUGGUCCCCAAGAUGCAAGAGGGCACUCUGAUGUGCAUAGUUCACAGGAUAUACGGGGACCCUCUGAGUUGCGAGGUCCACAGGACAUUCGAAAUCUUGACUUAAGAGGACCUUCAGAUAUUGUAGGUAGUCAUGAGAUAAGGAGUUCCCAGGAUGCAAGAGGACCCCAAAACAGAGGGAAAGCACAAGGGCCAUCACAAGACAUUCGUGGGCCAUCAGGAGCUCAAGCUCAGCCUGGGCAAUCUCAAGGAAAUUCCCAUGGAGCUCAUGGACAGCAGAAUCAACCAAAGGGAUCCCAUCCAGAGCAGCAAAAAGCCCCAUUAUUGGGUGAUGCUCCUAGACCAUACAACCAGGGUGGAAAAAGCCAGGCUCCACCUCCUUUAAUCCCUGGUUUAGGAGGGCAGCAGGCAGCACAAGGACGUAUCCCACCCCCAAAUCAAGGCCCCAGUGCCAACAAAGGUGAUAUCCGUGGACCCUCAAAUCAUCAAUUAAGUGCACAUUCUGAACGAAGAGGUGAGCCAAGCACGGAACAUGGGCCUUUCCGUGGUGGCCAGGAGUGGAGUGAUUCUCGAGAUAAUAGAGGGCCUCCUGAAAGACGUGUCCCACAUUCUGAAACUCAUGAACACCCAGAGGAUUACCACCAGGAAGAUAGAUAUGGACCUAGAGCUCGAGAGUUUGAAGGAAGAAGCGGGGGGCAAUCAUCCCAGGAUGAGAGAUGGAGGCGUGGUGCCAGUUCUCAGUUUCCCCCUAACCACAGAGAUUUUCCAGAUGGGGAAAAAAGGAAUUCAAGCCGUUGGGAAGGCAGGAGGCAUUCUGAGGAAAGAUAUUCCAGAGAAAAUGAAGACGCAAGGUUUCGGGGGCAAAGGGAUGAGAGCUUCCGCAGGGCUGGUGUCCCGAGACAAGAGGGUCGUGGUUCCAGAGGGCGAGAAGGAUUUUCCAAUUCUGAGGAAUUUGGUCCAGAGGAAGACUUUGAUUCAAAAGAUGAACCAAUGAGAGGACGAGAUGGUGGAAGAGGGCAAGGACGUGGCCCACAAAGAGAUGGAAGAAAGGGGCUCCUUCCCACUCCUGAGCAUUUCUCUGGUGCUGAUCGUGGACCUAACCAUGCAGCCCGAGAUUCAGGAAGAGAAACUGAAAUUGACACGUUCCAAGAGAGCCCUUCUCGUGACAUUCCUACACCAGAUGGCCAUUCUCCUGCCAGUAGGGAACGUUUGUCCUCAUUGCAGGGUAUGGAUAUGGCGUCACUCCCACCUCGCAAAAGGCCCUGGCAUGAUGGUCCUGGUACACCUGAUCAUAGGGACAUGGAACCGACAAGUGGUCCAGUAGAGGAAACUGGGAAAGCAGGAAGGGAAAGUUCGGGAACUUCAAGGUCGCAAAGACCAAGCCGGUCCAGGUCCCAGGAGCAAGAUGAAAGUUCGUCAAGAGGGGGGAGGGGAUCAGGGGGAAGUUGGAGUCGAGGAGGCUCUGGAACAAACAGUGGUAUGAACUCAAAUCAGACAUGGAGAGGAGGCCCCCGGGGAAGUGGAAGCAGAGGAGGAAGGAAUCGGUAGGAGAUCCGUAACAGAGCCUCAAACUCUCUUCAGCCCUGCCUGCGAGUCCAUAUUGGACCAAAUUUAAUGGGCCUGUUCAACAGUCUGAGUGGUAAAGAGGAACAUUGUGGCUCUAAUUUUUUGAAAAUGGGACACUGGAAACUUCGUCCAUUCUAAUUAUGAAGACUGAAUCCUCUAUGGAGAACAAACAAAACAACUAUUUGUUUUCCCUUUUUCUGUUCAGUUAUUUCUCACUGGUGUUACAGUCCAGGCAUCUUCAUCUUAUUACCUCCCUCAACACUAGGGAUGUUAUAAAAAGAUCUUUCUAUGUGUACAGUUUGUCAGGAAAUGAGUUGUUGUUUUUUGUAUGCUAUGCAGAAUGUAAUUUACGCAAGAAAGAACUAAAAGAAAA